GUAAACUUUCUCUUUUCAAGAACAAGCUGCUAGCAGAAAUCAGGAGAAGACCAAACGGAAUAAAUUAGUAUUUCCACUAUGGGACUGGAUACAAAUAUUGAACAAGAAGAUUUAAAGUUUUUUAAGCUGAAAAUAAAACUCUUCCUGCUGUCUUUGGUUUUCAAUUUCUUUCAUGUUUUCUUAUGCCAAACUGGAGGAACCUUUUCUGAUUUUUUCUUUGGUGGUAUUCAAAGGAAGACCAGAGGAUGAAAAUCCAGCACUUUCUUACUUUACUGCUUUGGCACUUUAGUUGGUUUUACCUUGUUCUAAUCUCCUUAGUGCUGAGUCCUGCUGAAGCAAGUCAAGGGAAUCCAGGAGCCAAAUUAAGCUUGUCAAAAGUAGAUGGAAAAGAGAGGAGCCCUUUGCCAAGAGCAGGUACCUUUAGAACAGGAAACCAUGGAUAUAGUGCUGGGAAUUCAAAGCCUAGGACAAAAACUAACACUGCUCAAGCUGGAGCUGUCUUGGCAAAAACCGAUGACUCAAAGAAGACUCUUUCUAAAGCAGGCAGUACAGACAAAAAGGUAGGGCAUUCUUCAAAUAGACAAACUGGAGUAAGAACAGUAACUCCAAGGGUCCAGAACUUUGGCCCCAAAGCCCCACUGAAGAAAACUAGCACAGGGAUUUCUGAUGCCAGCUCUUAUAAAACCAAAAAGACUAAAGAAUCUAUCGCCCAAAGAGAAUCUAAAGAGGCAUUAAGACAUCCUGCUAUCACACCACACGAAUACAUGCUUUCCUUAUACAGGACUCUUUCUGAUGCAGAACGAAAAGGUGUGAAUGGAAGUGUAAAAUUGGAGACGGGACUUGCCAAUACAAUUACAAGCUUCAUAGAUAAGGGACAAGAUGACCGAAUUCCAGCUGUUAAAAAGCAGAAAUAUGUUUUUGAUAUCAGUGCCUUAGAAAAAGAUGGCUUACUAGGUGCAGAACUUCGUAUUUUGAGGAAAAAACCUUCAGAUACCUGGAAGCCUCAUCCUCAUGGAAAAACGUGCCAAGUGAAACUUUUCAGUUGCUCCACAAGUCGGCAAGCAUCCAUUCUCUUGGAGUCUCGGAUUGUCAAUAUUUUAGAUACAGCAAAAUGGGAGGUCUUUGACAUUUGGAAACUUUUUAGGAAUUUUAAAAACUCUGCUAACUUGUGUUUUGAACUGGAGGCUUUUGAAAGAGGGAGACCUGUUGAUUUAAGGACUGUGGGGUUUAAUAGAACAGGAAGACAAGUCAAUGAAAAAGCUCUCUUCUUAGUAUUUGGUAGGACAAAGAAAAGAGACUUAUUCUUCAAUGAAAUAAAAGCCAGAUCUGGCCAGGAUGACAAAACUGUUUAUGAGUACCUAUUCAAUCAAAGAAGAAAGAGAAGGGCUCCUCUAGCAACUCGACAAGGAAAGAGGCCCAACAAGAAUCUAAAGGCAAGGUGUAGCAAAAAAGCACUCCAUGUAAAUUUUAAAGAUAUGGGAUGGGAUGACUGGAUAAUAGCACCUCUUGAGUAUGAAGCAUAUCAUUGUGAAGGACUUUGUGAAUUCCCUCUUCGUUCUCAUCUGGAACCAACUAAUCAUGCUGUUAUCCAAACAUUAAUGAACUCUAUGGACCCAGAGUCAACACCUCCAACUUGUUGUGUUCCAACAAGGCUGAGUCCUAUUAGCAUUCUGUUUAUUGACUCUGCUAAUAAUGUAGUCUACAAACAAUAUGAAGACAUGGUAGUAGAGUCAUGUGGCUGUAGGUAGCAGCAUAGUCUCUCACGUGACUUUCUGUAUAAAGCUUUUUCCAGCGGCUGAUUUAAAUAAACAAACAAACCUUGAACAUUCUGAUUCUGUGGACAGUACUGUAAUCACCCAAAGAGGGUUGCACUGACAAUAGCUAUAGUUGUAUAUGCCAUGCCCAGAUUCAGCCUAAACAAGAACUUAAUUCAAUAUAUCUCUGUCAAAGGACAUUUAGAGUUUCACUUUUGAAUCUCCAAGGCCAUUGGCAAAUCCAAUGCUGGUGGAUUCCUUACAUUCUGAUUUUCCUUCUUCUGGCACUGUUUGAAGGCCUGAACAAUGUUGACCCAUCUCUAUGAGAGCCAGCAUGGUGUAGUGGUUUGAGCAUUGGACCGCAACUCUGGAGACCAGGGUUGGAUUGCCCACUCAGCCACAGAAACCCACUGAGAGACCUUGGGCGAGUCACUCACUCUCAGCUCCAAGAAAAAAACCUACCUUAGGGUUGCCAUAAGUCGGAAAUGACUUGAAGGCACACAACAACAACAA